AUUUCAAGUACACUCAAAGACAGAAUAAUACAACGAAUCCCAUGUACUUAUCACCAGCCCCAACAUCCAUCACCUACUGGCAAGUCUUGCCCAUUCACACUCCCAACUAUUGUCCCUACCCCACACCUCUGUUAUUUUGAAGCAAAUCUCAGACAUCCUGUCAUUUCAUCCAUCAAUAGUUUAGUGUGUAUCUAUAGAAGGUAAUGUAACCACAGCAGCUGCUGAAGGGCUUCAUGCUCCUAUCUGGUCCUGGUGUUCUUCACUAGGGGUUUGUAUCAUGGUCCUCAUGGUAGGAUGUGGUUCCCAGUUCCUGUUACUCCUCAUCUUGCUGGAGUUGCCUAUGUCCCUGGUUUUUCCAGGAAGUUUUUGAACCAGGAACCAGCAUGGUAUAGAGUUGGAGGGUCAUCUUAGGACUUUGGAAUGUCAGUCACUGUUGUGGGCACCACUUUCUGUUGGAUUAAUCGUUCAUGUGUACAAGUUAGGCUGAUCUGAGUGAAAGAUGAGAGUGGAUUGGUGAGUACUUUUGUGCGCAGACACACAACUGCCUGUCCCAGGUGGCUGCACUGGCCAGGGACAGAUGGUUCUUCCCCCACUGCCCCAAGAGUCUGGAGGGUGUGACCUCCAGGAUAGCCGGGCUCCAGCGUUCCUCUCAGACUCUGCCCCUCAGUUGAAAAACAAUAGGCCUCAAACUUAGGUUUGGCAAUAUGAUUUAGAAAAGGUUAAUGUUUUUCAGAACAGUGAAGCUACAGUAUGAAGAUUAGACUUGGGAGCUCCAAAAUACUCUCUAGCUUCCCUCUCCUGUUCUCCUUGGGCUCAGCACUUGUAUUUGUGUUCGCACUGCCCUGAGCACAGAGUUGUUUAGGGUGGGCCCGGAAGGUACCCUGGUCCACAGGGCUGGUCCACAAUAGGAGCAAAGAGCACCACAGAUAACUUAUUAUUUGGAGUAAUUAACCCAUAAAUUUUCCAUAGCAAUUUUCCUCUGAGGCAGUCAAGUUUGACUAGAAAAAUAUAGUUUUGAUUCAUUAGUCAUCUGGAUGCUCACCCUCCCAUAUUUUCAUGCUGGCUAACUAUGAAGUACCAUUACUCCCAGCUUGAAUUUAUGAUACCUGCUGCCCACUAUGCCCAUUAAUCCAACAAUAUGAGAGGGACAAACUGUCUCAUGCUCUUUCAACCUGUCCCACACUCCUUUCUCUUCCAUCUCAUGUUAUUAAUGAAGGAGUUUAACAAUAACAGUAACUCAAUUUUAGUGAAAGUAAGAGAAAAGUCACUCAUAUCUUUAGGUCGGAAUGUAAAUUGAAGGGUAUUUUGCCAAUAUCUAGCAAUUCUAAUAUACAUAACCUUUGGCCCAGCAAUUCCACAUCUAGGAUUUUAUCCUCAGAUUUCUUACCAGAAGAAUGCAAGGCUGAGAGGGAGAGAGCACCCUUCAGAGCAAAAUAUGCAGGAUACUUAGACAGGCUUUGGGUGCUCUGGGAUGGAGCAGGUGUGGAGAGGCUGAGGACCCAGUUCUGGGACCACGUCACUUGCUUCCUUUCUUAGACUAUCUGCUUGAGCAGACUUGAGCCCGGGAUGAGGAUGUCUGUGGCCCUCUCGUUGCUGCUCCCCCUCUGGGGGAGGACCUUUCUCCUUCUGCUAUCUGUGGCUGUGACUCAGUCCCGCUGGCCCAGUGAGCCUUCGGAGGCCGUCAGGGACUGGGAGAACCAGCUCGAGGCGUCCAUGCACUCAGUACUCUCAGACCUCCAUGAGGCUCUUCCCACGGUGGUUGGCAUUCCUGAUGGCACCGCUGUCGUCGGACGCUCAUUUCGAGUGACCAUUCCAACAGAUUUAAUUGCCUCCAAUGGAGAAGUCAUCAAGGUAUCAGCAGCAGGGAAGGAGACCUUACCGUCCUGGCUGCAGUGGGACCCACAGAGCCACACCCUGGAGGGUCUCCCCCUUGACACUGAUAAGGGUGUGCAUUACAUUUCAGUGAGCACUGCACGGCUGGGGGCCAAUGGAAGCCACGUCCCGCAGACUUCCAGUGUGUUCUCUGUUGAGGUCUACCCUGAAGACCACAGUGAGCCACAGUCUGUGCGGGCGGCGUCACCAGACCCUGGUGAGGUGGUAUCAUCUGUCUGUGCUGCCGAUGAGCCUGUGACUGUCCUGACGGUAAUUCUGGAUGCUGACCUCACCAAGAUGACCCCAAAGCAAAGGAUUGACCUUCUGCACAGGAUGCGGAGCUUCUCAGAAGUGGAGCUUCACAACAUGAAGUUGGUGCCAGUGGUGAAUAACAGACUGUUUGACAUGUCGGCUUUCAUGGCUGGCCCAGGAAAUGCAAAAAAGGUGGUAGAGAAUGGGGCCCUGCUCUCCUGGAAGCUGGGCUGCUCCCUGAACCAGAACAGUGUGCCUGACAUUCGUGGUGUGGAGGUCCCUGCCAGGGAAGGUGCUAUGUCUGCCCAGCUUGGCUACCCUGUGGUGGGUUGGCACAUCGCCAACAAGAAACCCCCUCUCCCCAAACGUAUCCGGAGGCAGAUCCAUGCCACACCCACACCUGUCACUGCCAUUGGGCCCCCAACCACAGCCAUCCAGGAGCCACCAUCCAGAAUUGUGCCCACCCCCACAUCUCCAGCCAUUGCUCCUCCAACUGAGACCAUGACUCCUCCAGUCAGGGAUCCUGUUCCUGGGAAGCCCACAGUCACCAUUCGGACUCGAGGUGCCAUUAUUCAGACCCCAACCCUCGGCCCCAUCCAGCCCACUCGGGUGUCAGAAGCUGGCACCACAGUUCCUGGCCAGAUCCGCCCAACAAUGACCAUUCCUGGCUAUGUGGAGCCCACGGCAGUUGCUACCCCUCCCACAAUUACCACCAAGAAGCCACGAGUAUCCACGCCAAAACCAGCCACACCUUCUACUGAUUCCUCAACCACCACAACUAGAAGGCCGACCAAGAAGCCACGGACACCCCGACCAGUGCCCCGGGUCACCACCAAAGCUCCCGUCACCAGAUUGGAAACCGCCUCCCCGCCUACUCGCAUCCGCACCACCACCAGUGGGAUGCCCCGCGGAGGAGAACCCAACCAGCGCCCAGAGCUCAAGAACCAUAUCGACAGGGUGGAUGCCUGGGUUGGCACCUAUUUUGAGGUGAAGAUCCCGUCAGACACCUUCUAUGACAACGAGGACACCACCACUGAUAAGCUGAAGCUGACCCUGAAGCUUCGGGAGCAGCAGUUGGUAGGCGAGAAGUCUUGGGUGCAGUUCAACAGCAACAGCCAGCUCAUGUAUGGCCUGCCUGACAGCAGCCACGUGGGCAAGCACGAAUAUUUCAUGCACGCCACAGACAAAGGGGGCCUAUCAGCUGUGGAUGCCUUCGAGAUCCAUGUCCAUAGGCGCCCUCAAGGGGAUAGGGCUCCUGCUAGGUUCAAGGCCAAGUUUGUGGGUGACCCAGCAGCUGUGGUGAAUGACAUUCACAAGAAGAUUGCCCUGGUGAAGAAGCUGGCCUUCGCCUUUGGGGACCGCAACUGCAGCACCAUCACUCUGCAGAAUAUCACCCGGGGCUCCAUUGUGGUGGAAUGGACCAACAAUACACUGCCCCUGGAGCCCUGCCCCAAGGAGCAGAUCACGGGGCUGAGCCGGAGGAUCGCUGAGGAUGAUGGCAGACCUCGAGCUGCCUUCACCAACGCCUUGGAGCCCGACUUCAAGGCCAUGAGCAUUUCUGUGACAGGCUCUGGCAGCUGUCGGCAUCUACAGUUUGUCCCAGUGGCGCCACCCAGGAGGGUGCCCUCAGAGGCACCACCUACGGAGGCGCCAGAUCGGGACCCUGAGAAGAGCAGCGAGGAUGAUGUCUACCUGCACACGGUCAUUCCGGCCGUGGUGGUUGCAGCCAUCCUGCUUAUUGCUGGCAUCAUUGCCAUGAUCUGCUAUCGCAAGAAGAGGAAGGGCAAACUCACCCUCGAGGACCAGGCCACCUUCAUCAAGAAGGGGGUGCCUAUCAUCUUUGCAGACGAACUGGACGACUCCAAGCCCCCACCCUCCUCCAGCAUGCCGCUUAUCCUGCAGGAGGAGAAAGCCCCCCUCCCCCCUCCUGAGUACCCCAACCAGAAUGUGCCCGAGACCACUCCUCUGAACCAGGACACCGUGGGAGAGUACACACCCCUGCGGGAUGAGGAUCCCAAUGCCCCUCCCUACCAGCCCCCGCCGCCCUUCACAGCCCCCAUGGAGGGCAAGGGCUCCCGUCCCAAGAACAUGACCCCAUACCGGUCGCCCCCUCCCUAUGUCCCCCCUUAACCCACAAGCGCCUGGGUGGAGGCAGGGGUAGGGCAGGGCCCUGGAGACAACACGGUGUUGUCUGUGGAGACCAGUGGCCUGCAGACCAUCGCCCACUGGGAGCCGACACCUGACCUAGCACACGCUGACACACACGGGGCCUGGACAAGCCCGCCCACUUGGUCCUCCUAAACCCCAAAGCAGCUGGAGAGACUUUGGGGACAUUUUUACUUUUAAUUUUUGCCUAACAGCUUUUUGUUUGUUCAUAGAAAAUUCUUCGCUGCGUUUUUGAAGGCUGGCUCUGAAAGCACCGUUUGGAGUAGAGGUAGAUGGAGGGAGCGAGGAACCGUGAAUGAACUCGCAGGCAGUGCUGGGCGGCCUCCCGGCUCUCUGCGUUUUGCCUUUAACACUAACUGUACUGUUUUUUCUAUUCACGUGUGUCUAGCUGCAGGAUGUAACAUGGAAAACAGUAGCUAAAGAUUAAAUUCAAAGGACUUUCAGAAGUUAAGGUUAAGUUUUUACAUUUAAUCUGCUGUUUACCUAAACUUGUAUGUGUAAUUUUUGGGUGGGUAUGGGAAAUUGCUUUGCUAAAAAUAAGCUCCCAGGGUGUUUCAAACUUAGAGAAGACCAAGGGACAGUAUUUUUUAUCAAAGGAAUCCUAUUUUUUCACACUACGUAAACUUUGUUGCUCUGAUACCCCAGAGAGCCUGACUGGGGGCCUCCUGGCCCUGGCUCAGGGGCCAGGGCCCUGGUGCUGGGUUUGCUGUCCCACUGUUGCCAGGGGCUGGAAGCUGGAGGGGCCUCUUAGGCCAUGGACAUCCACACCCCCACCCCAUGCACGCUAGCGGCCCACAACCAAGGGGUCUUCAUUUCCAUAGAAAAGGGACUCCAAGAGGCAGUGGUGGCCGUGGCCCCCAACCUAGGUGCUCCAGGUGGGCCAGCUGCUCGUGGGGAUGCCUGGGGAGGUCGAGAGACUCGACCACAUCAGCCUGUUUUCUUUUACCCUUUUUCUGUGUGUUUUUUUUCCCCCUUCUAAAAGGAAUAUCACGGAGUUUUGAAACACUCAGUGGGGGACAUUUUGGUGAAGAUGCAAUAUUUUUAUGUCAUGUGAUGCUCUUUCCUCACUUGACCUUGGCCACUUUGUCCCAACAGUCCACAGCCCAACCCUGACCCACCCCACCCCUUUUCUCUGGCGCUCCAGUCCCAGGCCUUGGGCUUGAACAGCUGGGAAAGGUCUGGUGGCUGGGGAGGAGUGCCAGCAAUAGUUCAUAGUAAAAAUAGGGGGGCUCUCAAAGCUAAUUUUUUACUAAAGUUUUUAUACAGCCUCAAAUUGUUUUAUUAAAAAAAACGAUUAAAAAUGGUGAUGCUUACAGCAGUUUGUACAAGCUCCUAGUGUUGAUUCCAUGGGACUGACGGCUUUGCUCAUUUUGAUUUUUUUCCCCCCUUCUUUUCCUAAUGGUUUAAAUUCUGGAAUUACACUGGGGCUUCUUUUGCCUUUUUUAGCAGAACAUCCGUCCAUCCAUCUGCAUCUCUGUCCCGUGACUCAGGGGCACCCACUCAGCUUUGAUUCUCCUCCUUUGGAAGAAACCAUUUUGAGCAUGACUUCUUGAUGUCUGAGAGUUAUUUUGGGUACCUUUUAGGGAGGAAUGCCUUUUGCAAUAACGUAUCCCUUCCGUGAUCGAGGGCGGGUGGGUGGGUGGACCCAGGCUCCCUUUGCACACCAAGCAGCCACUUCUAAGCCAUACUGACCAUUUUGCAGAGGAUUCAUGUGUGCUGCCUCAGGAGGGGAGGAACGGUCAGAGUGGAGGGGUCUCCACCCUGCCCUUCUCUGGAGGGUAUUCCCGCUUGCGCCUUCUCCCCCAAGGCCUAGCCUCUCUCUCCUGCCUGGUCCCCUGGUGGGGUGAGCAGUGCCACUGUGGGGGAAGCCUGUAGAUGAGGGCUCAGUGGACCUGUGAUGACUGGGCCUUGUGCCUCCAAGCCCUGAUCCAAACCGGAGUUUCCCCAGUGCCCCGGAGUCAGGAGCGCAAGCUGAGUCUGACCUGGUGAGAUUAUUUUUGAUGACCUUGCCAAAAGAUAAACAAUUUCCAGUGUUCCAGGUGAGGGCUUUGAAAGGCCUUCCAAAUAGCUCCGUUGCCCCUAGCAACCCCACCAUCGGGCAUUGCCACGCAGAGACGUGGCUGGCCCAGAAUGGCCUGUUACCAUAGCAACAGGAGGCGAUGGGGCAGUGAACAGAAUAACAACAGCAACAACGCUCUUGCAGGCCGCCUCCUCCCCUGAGUGCCCGGCUGGCAGUGGUCUUUGGACUCUGUGAGACAGAGAGCCAAUCUCACAUUCAAGUGUUCACCAACCACUGACGUGUUUUUAUUUCCUUCUAUAUGAUUUUAAGAUGUGUUUUCUGCAUUCUGUAUAGAAACAUAUCGAACUAAAUAAAAGUGUCUUUAUUACAAUA